AUGGAAGAACAUGAAACUCCAAAUGCAAAUGUGGACUUUUUCGACGAGUUUUUCUCGCAGCUGUCACACAUUCUGAAAGACAAAGAUGAGGAGACCUGCUACAAGGAAAUGUUUCGGAUCCUCGAUGACAACAGAAAAGGUUUUAUCCCCAAUGAGGACCUCCGGGGCAUCCUGAAAACAAUACAGGCCAAAGUUCAGAUGUCAGACCAAGAACUGGAUGAGCUGAUCGAUGACAUAGACAAGAACAAGGAUGGCAAAGUGGACUUUUCAGAAUUCUACAAGUUCAUGUUGAAGGAAUGA